CUCAGACUCUGUCGCCCAAAUGGCUGGCAGCCCAGUGACACCCUGGGGCCUCCGGGCAGGGGUCCGUCCCCCCCGCGCCCUCGGGCUGCGGGCUCUGUCAGAGCACUUCCACACGGUGCGCGUCAGGGGACGCGUGACGAAUCGCUUCACCUUCUCCACUUGGCAGCAAGGUUUGAAAUGUGGCUGCCGCUCGGGACCCAACGGCGCCAGGGAGAGAUUGCCUAGGGCUACGGACCGCGGCGGGGAGGAAAGAAAGCCGCGAGAACGGCCGUGCCUCGGCCCACAGCGGCCGAGGGGACGGGGCACGAGCGGGUACGGCCGGUUGCCCGGGAGAAGGCGACGCCGCGCAGCAGCCUCCGCGCGAACAAAAUGGCGGCGGGCGGCAGCGGCGGGGGUCUGCCGGGGGAGACUGAAUGCAGAAUUAGAAGCAAAAAGAGAAAAACUGAUGCGUCAGACCGAAGAAGUAAUGAAGAGCCAACGGGAGACACUAUCUAGACCAAUUUCAGUACAAACUAAGUACUGUGAAGAUGACAAACAGAGAGAUCAGCGCUGUCUUGAAGUUUCCUCUCUCACACACACUCACACCAAGCUACCAAACAAGAAGAAAUGUGCUUCUGCGUCCAUGGCUCAGAACAGAACACACUCUGGAAGUAAAGGGAAAAGAAUAACUUCAAGUUCAGAAAUAAAUCUGGAAACACAAAAUGCUGAUGAUGUUGCAGUGUUGGAGGAUUGCACUGGUUUUUCUUUAGCAAAACCAGUAAGUGAAAUUGAAGGAAAACUAGAGAAAGGAGGCUUGCCAGAUUGUCUAGAUGAUGAUAUUAUUCCAAACACUGCAAGUGAAAUUGGAGCAGAAGCACAGAUCAGGUUUCUUAAGGCAAAGUUACGUGUUAUACAGGAAGAGCUGGAUAGUGUCAUGUGUGAAUGCAGGAAAAAGGAUGAUGAAAAUCAGAAUUUAAAGUCUCAGCUUAAAGAUACUGAAGAAGAAAGGACGAGGCUGCAACGAAAGAUCAGCGUGCUGCAGUCUCAGACUGAGAAGUUCAAGAUCUUAUCACAAGAAGCAAGGAAAAAAAGCGAGGGAUUACAGCAAGAGGUCGUUGCACUAGGAAAGGAAUUAGAGAAUUUAAAGCGUGUACAAAAGCAAGCUGCAAGCAGUCAGAGUGCAACAGAGGUUCGCUUAAAUAGGGCCCUGGAAGAAGCAGAAAGGCAUAAAGUGGAGCUGAACAAACUGAAGCAAAGUAACAAGGAUGUAGCUAACCAAGAACUCAAAACAAUUGAAGAAUUAAAAGCAGAAAACAAGAAACUGCAGAAACAAAAAGGAGAACUAAUAACGGGUUUCAAAAAGCAGCUGAAAUUAAUUGAUAUUUUAAAGAGACAAAAGAUGCACAUUGAAGCUGCUAGGAUGCUUUCUUUUACUGAAGAGGAAUUCAUGAAAGCUCUUCAGUGGGGAAAUGACUGAUUCAAACUUGUUUGAAAUACAGAACAGACGGCACGUUGUUUUGGCACUAGAAGUGUUUGUUAAUAGUUAACAAAUAUAUCACAGUGAAUGGAUUUUGUUGAUUUUGCUCAUGUUGAAAUCAUUUCACUUUUAAAAGCCUGAUAGGGUGCUUUGGAAUGUCACUUGCAAUACAGAUUUCCUGUGAAGUCCCGAGCCCAGCUGCCCGUUCUGUAACGAGCCAAGAGGCACAGAAUGCAGGUGAACUUUGUUGUCUGUUCGUUCUGUGUUAGUGUUCCAAACUGCUGGAUAAGGUCAUGUUCAGUCUGAAGAGAAGCCAGAAUGACUAUAAUCUGAUACAGCUUAUUGUUUAAAGUUCCUGCUUUACUUAGGCAAGGUAAACGGUGGUCACUAGAUGCUGGUAAUAGAUACAAUCAGGAGCAGUGGCUCCAUAUCACAGGUGCUCUCCAGGCUUUAGCUUCUUGAAUAUUUUAUUAUCUCAUCAUUAUAACCAAGUACUAGAUAAAAAUGUGGGUGCAGAUGAGCCAAGCCUGUGACAUACACUAAUGAACUAGAGUAAUAAGAGCACAUGCCGGUUGAUGAAGCUUUGUUAAACCUCAGCUAUUUCAGUGGAUUGCUCCCUCAGAGUGAUUUAGUAGGAACCUGACACACAAAGAGUUUAUGUGCUGAAGUGAGGUUAUUAGCAAUGCCUCCGACCUCUAAGUGACAAUUAUGUCUCAGAUCCUACUAGAGGAGUCAUGUGAGCUAGCGGUGGAACAGAUAAUCCAGACCUACCAUCAAUGAUUUACAUUAUCUACAUUUAGAUUAGUAAUUUAAUAGUAUAAUGCAAAUGUAGAUACUUCUUUAGCUUACAAACAGAAAUAGUGUAUUAAGAUAAUCAUAUAGUCCACUGUGUGAUACACAUCUGAACUUAACUACCUUGGGUUUCUGUAGUGUGGCUGAAGAAAAUAUUUUUAAACAUUGCAUCGUCACUCACCCAGUUGCAUUAUGUAGCUGAUAGAUUAUUGAGAAAACCGUAACAAACAGUUUAUUGCUGAAAAAUUUAAGUGUAUUUAAAUAAGAUGAGCCAUUCAUCAGAUCAGAACUCCAGUCUUAAAAUGGAGACUUUAUGAGAAUAAAAAAGUUCCUUGCUGUUAACAGCAAAUGGAAAUUUUCUUCAGCCAUCAGAUGACACCUAGUGGCAAAGCAGUAGGGCAGACAGAGGAAAUUUCAGCUCUCUUCAGAAGAUGGAUUACCUCUUCUCUUCUGAUAAGCCAACCUAAAUUCCUCACCGAGCAUGUUAAUAUCAUCUUCACCUUUGAGUACUCCCUGGAGAAAGAAGCGCCAUAGAAGAUAAAAAGAAAUUAGAGAUAAUUACGGGUCUCUGAAUUUUUUUAAAUGGAAAUGAAUGUAAUAGCUUAUACCCUCAGAACGUGUGUUACCUUUAAAAAAAAAAUAGCUCUGAAAGCCAUCACCAGAAUUCAAGGGAUGAGUUUCUAAUUGCUGUACUUGGUGCUAACCAAGAACUGCGAUUUUUGUUCAGGCAAAUUAGGAUGAGAAUCCAGUAAAGACUGUCACAUAAGCACUAUACAAAAGACAACAUUUAUCUGCACUGUGUUUCUAAUAGAAGCGAUUAGAGGCAGCUGAACACAUCUGCAGGUUUAGCAAAGUCAAGAACCUGCACUGACAAGAGGCACUAGCUCAGGUGGGGCUUCAUCUGCACCUUCAGGUGUGCUGAAAUUGCAGUCGUAUUGGAGACCUCAGAACUAGGUAGAACUUUCCUAUCAGUCCAUGUUGAGUGAAGUCCUGUGGAACGUGCCACUCUGUUCAGGCAGCAGUAAAGCAGAGAAAGAACAGUAGGACAUCAAUACCACGGGACAGAUACGAGCCUUGGACACCUGUAACAGCCAAGGCUUCUUAGAGCAGCCAGUUCAAACCAGAAAAUGACAUCCAAAGUAGUGCCCAUCUGUGUUACGCUUUAAUUGCAUCUUCACUGGAAAUGAGCUCUCUGAAUCUCUACUUCCAAAUGUUACCAAUUCAUGCACACAACGAGUGUACUAAUUAUUUGAUUAAAAAUAAAAUUUGCUAUGUUUACAAUAUUUCAGUACUGCAGAAAAUAAUUUCUUUAGACAUCUGAGUAACUCCCUCCCUCCUCAAAUUGCAUCUUUACGUCCUAAAAGCAGCUCUCUGUUCAUUUGUAUACUAUCAGGUGAUCUUCAUGAUGAUGAAAUGUAAUAUAAAAUAAAUUGUACUUUAUUCAUGUUA